AUGUUCAAAGUGGUCAUCAUCGGUGCUGGCCUGGGUGGCCUCGCAUGCGCCGUUGCAUGUCGCCGCUACGGCCUAGAAGUUGUUGUUCUAGAGCAAGCCCCCAGAAUCACUCCGAUCGGCGCUGGGAUUCAAGCGCCGCCCAAUGCCUCUCGCGCCUUGAAAUGGCUGGGCCUACUCGAACAGGUUCAAGCUAAGGCCUGCCUCCCGGAUUCUUUUGACCUCCUUAGAUAUGAGGAUGGGUCUUGCAUCAUACGAAGGGACAUUCGGGAUUCGGAACAGAGAUAUCGAGCGCCGUGGAUAGUCAUCCAUCGAGCGGACUACCACAAAGCAUUAUUAGAUGCCGCGGUAAGUGCUGGCGCAGAAAUUCGACUUGGGUCCAUCGUGACCAAUAUCGACUUCGAGGAUACAACUGUGGAGGUGAGAGGGGGGCAGGUCAUAUCAGCGGAUGUGAUCGUCGGGGCUGACGGUCUGUGGUCUACUGCCCGGGACCGAAUACUCGGUCAUCCAUCGCCUCCUCGUGAAACAGGUGAUCUGGCUUAUCGAGCAACUUUGAAGACGUCCGACCUACUCGCCUUAGAUGACGCCAGAGUUACCGACCUCUGCAAGCAACAGCAUUGCACCGUAUGGGUGGGGCCCAACAAGCACUGCGUGUUCUACCCGGUCAAAGGAGGUUCAGAGUAUAAUCUGGUCCUAAUCAGGCCUGAUGACCUGCCUCCGGGAACCAACAAGGUCCAGGGCGAAAUCGGUGAGAUGCGAGAGAACUUCAAGGGGUGGGACAGCAGCCUCACCAAGAUCAUCUCCCGUAUCCCCGCUGGCAAUGUAACCGUCCUCGGUGAUGCUUGCCACCCUACCCUGCCCUACCAGGCCCAAGGCGCGGCAAUGGCGGUCGAGGAUGGAGCCGUGCUCGGAAAUCUCAUUGGCUCCCUGGUCAGAGACGAGAAAGAGUUGCCUGGACCGGCACAUGAACAUGUAGGCUCACUAUUGCAGGUGUAUGAGAAGUUACGAAAGCUGCGUACGACGACCAAUGCCAAGGGUGCCGAGGCAAACCAGUACAUGUUCCACCUUGAGGAUGGAGAGGAGCAGAGGCGGCGAGAUACCGAGCUGAAGGCUCACGACUGGAUCCGUCCAUCCCGCUGGAGGUGGGCAGACCCAUCGGCUCAGGAUGAGCUGCUUGGGCACGACGUGAUUGCAGAGAGUGAAAUGGCGUACAAGGAGUGGAAGUCGAGUAAGAUUCACAAGAUAUGA